AUGGACACACCAAACCAUAAACGCAGCAGCCAUGGGGGCACCGGCUUCUCCCCAGCAUGCAACGCCAGGCAGCAGGAGAAGGACGACCUGUGCAACCUCAAUGACCGGCUGGCUGAUUACAUCGACAAGGUGCGCUCUCUGGAGGCCGAGAACAACAGACUGGAAGUGCACAACACGGAAAUUCAGUCCACAUAUAUCUGUGAGAAUAAGGCCAUGAAGGAUAAUUAUGAGGCAGAUCUAGGUGACGCCCGCACGACCCUGGACCAUGUGGCCAAGGGGCGAGCCCGCCUUGAGCUGGAGCUGGGCAAAAUAAGGCAGGAGCACAUGGAGCUCAAAGCCAGGAACAGUAAAAAGGAGGCUGACCUCGAGACCGCUCGCGCCCGGCAGAGAGCCCUAGAGGCCCUGCUCAACUCUAAAGAUGUUGCACUCACCACCGUCUUGGGGGAUAAGAGAUCUCUGGAGGUCGAGCUUAGGGACUUCAAGGACCAGGUGGCCAAGUUAAACGGAAACUUAGCCGAUGCCAAGAAGCAGCUGCAGGACGAGGUACUGAGAAGAGUGGACGCAGAGAACUGCCUGCAGACAGCGAACGAGAAACUGGCGUUCCAGAAGAACAUCCACACUGAGGAACUGCGACAGAUGGAGAAGCGACACGAGAUAGUCAUUGCUAUGAACAAAAACGGGUAUGAGCAGAAGUAUGAGAGCAAAAUGGCCGAGGCCCUUAACGAGCUGAGAGCCGAAUAUGAGGAGAAGUUAGGCAUCUAUAAGGAGGAGAUGGAGGAGGCCAACAACUCUAGGUUGGAAAACGCUCGUAAAAAAGCGGACUGGUGCAACAACCGGAUGGGAGCAAUUUCUGAAGAUCUUCAGCAGGCCCACGAGAAAAUGAAGGGCAUGUCCGGCCACAUCAUUGAUUUGCAGAAACAGGUUCACAUAGUCAUUAUAUUUGUGCGGGACCAAGAUGAGGCUCUGUCGAGGGAGCAGGCCCAGAAUGAAGAAAAAGAGCGGGAGAUACGUGAUGUUCAAGCUGAAUUGCAGAAGCAGGAGGAUGAAUUCCAGAGGCUGCAGGGUGUCAAACUGAGCCUAGACAUGGAGAUCAUUACUUACAGGAAGAUGCUGGAGGGAGAGGAGGAGAGUCUCUCUCUCCUCAGGCUGAGCCUGUCACCUAAGGCUUCACCUUACAAAGCCAAAGCAGCAAGGACCCCACAGUCCAGCAGCACCAAGAAGCGCCGCCUCAGUGGCAAUGAUGGCGAGACCUCUGGCAUGGGCACCGUGACCAAGACUCACAUCAAGCAGCAUGCAUCAGCCUCUGGCCGUAUUACAAUAGAAGAGGUCGACCUGGAUGGCAAGUUUAUCCGUCUCAGCAACAAGACUGACAAGGACCAAGUUCUCACCAACUGGCACUUGAAGAGACAAGUUGCAAGUUCUUCUCCCAUUGACUACAAGUUUCCCAAGGGCUUCACUUUGAUGUCUGGAGGAACUGUCACUAUCUGGGCUGCUUCUGGUGGUGGACAACAUAACCCCCCCACCAAUCUGGUUUGCAGGAGCCAUCAGUCCUGGGGCACCGGCAAACACCUGUAUACCACCCUGAUCAGAGACAACGGAGAGGAAAUGGCCAAGAGCUGCGUGACUUGUGUCCUGGCUUAUGACAAUGAUGAUGAUGACAUGGAAAGCACCCACAGUGUGGAGAGGGAUUACAAUUUACGGAGCCGCACAACCAUCUCUGAGAGAAAUGUACGCAAUAGGGGGGGUCCGUCUGAUGACCUUUAG